UAACUAUCCUUGUACACAUACAGAUUAGAUCAGGUCUUAUCAAAUCAAACCUCUUAAAUCAUACCAUUCAUUAAAAGCCACACUGCAAAUAGAAAGAUAGAUACAUAAACAGAAAAGAAACACGCCCUUUCAACCCCACACCACCAUGUCCCAAGAUAUAAUCACUCAAGUAACACCAGAAUCACAGUUUGGAUCAGCAGCCAUACCUACAAACUAUGACGACAACGACACAGAAAACGUCGACUUCAACUCCAAGAUUCAUUUGAAUAUCCGUGGAAAGGAAUUCACGAUAACUCGUGAUGAAUUAAUGAGUCUUCCUGAAAGCAUAUUGUUGUGCCUCUUCCCCAAUGGUGUAUUUCUUGACUUGAAUGGGCAAGUUAUCACUAACUUAACCGAGGAGGAUGUCGUUUAUGUUAACUUUGACCCUGGUUGUUUCAAGUACAUUAUGGAGGUCUUCUCCCAGGCACAAAAGGAUUUAGAAGAACUGUACGCAUUAUCACCGCAAACCAGCUACACCAGCAACAGAGCAAACCAACCUGAGAAUGUUUUGCAAUCCAAGCCAGCAAUUAUUGUAUUAAGAGAAGAUUUAGAUUUUUAUGUAAUACCACCAGCACAAAAUCUUAAUGGUGAACAAAUAAGACAAUUAAAGUUAGGAGUUUCUGUACAAUUACUCAAGAACAAGUUAAUAUUUUCAGGCUUGGGUUACAAAUUCGAUGAGCCACAGAGUCAGCAAAAAGGUAUCACUGAUGAUCAUGGGUUUGGUCCCGCUGAGCAACAUUUGUUUGAUAUGUUGUGUUCCCUGGGAUUCGAUACUUACGGAGUAUGGGGUUCAAGAUCAUUAGAACCUAAUAAGUGUGUUAUAUCGAGUUUAUCAUUAGUGAGAUUGAAGAAUAAUCCACCUUCCGAGAACCAAUCACCAUCAUUAACGCCAGUUACAUCUAAUUCCAAUUCUCCAAAGCAAUCCCGGUCUCGAUCAAGAAUAGCACAAUUGGCUACAAAUGCCUCUCGAGCAGCAUCUAGGUCAAUAUCAAGUAAAAGAAAACCGGUUGACUCGAACCAAACUAAAUUAUUGUUGUUUUGGAGAAAGCCUGCUAGAAAGUGUUGGUGGUCUCAUUCGAUAAUUGACGUAGAUGUUGAUGCUCCUGCUUUAUUUGACAAGAGUUUAAUUGGACCAGAUGGGAAGAUCAAAGUUAAGGUUCAUAUACGUAGGGUUUGGACUUUAGAAUUGUCCGUCAUUGGUGUCCAGUAGUUUUCUAUAUAGUUUUGCUAUAUAUAUAUAUUUCUUAUAUUAAUACGCGGUAUAAAUUUUUCGUACCUAUUUUUUGGCAGCGCGUUUUUUUUUUAUUUUCAGGAAGCGAUACCAACAGUAGUAUAUUAACACUAGCAUGACCACCACAGAUCAAUACGAAGAAGAACGUCUCCAUCAUACUCCCUGGGUUGAAAAGUACCGUCCCAAGAAUCUUGACGAUGUUGCCUCCCAAGAACAUGCAGUAGCAAUUCUUAAACGUACCCUUGCUACUGCCAAUCUUCCACACAUGUUGUUUUAUGGACCACCAGGUACAGGUAAGACAUCCACCAUACUUGCGUUAUCCAAGCAAUUAUUUGGUCCCAAUUUAUCCAAAUCGCGUGUAUUGGAGUUGAAUGCAUCCGAUGAACGUGGUAUCAACAUUGUUAGAUCUAAGAUUAAGAACUUCGCUAGGUUGACUAUAAGUAACCCUACACCAGAAGAUUUGGCCAACUAUCCGUGUCCUCCAUAUAAAAUCAUCAUUUUGGAUGAAGCCGAUUCUAUGACCAACGAUGCCCAAUCGGCAUUGAGAAGAACCAUGGAGACUUAUUCUGGUAUGACCCGUUUCUGUUUAAUUUGUAAUUAUAUCACAAGAAUUAUCGAUCCAUUGGCUUCUAGAUGUUCCAAAUUCAGAUUUAAAUUAUUGAAUAAUGACGAUGGGUUAAAUAGGUUGAAAUAUAUUGCCGAACAGGAAGACUUGACUUUGGAUCAGGAGGAACCUGUCUUGCAACAAGUGUUGGACAUUUCUGGUGGGGAUUUACGUAAAGCUAUCACAUAUUUGCAAUCAGCCUCAAAAUUAAGUAAUUCCUAUGAUGAACACCAAGAAAUUCUGGGUAAAUUAAUCAGGGAAACUGCCGGGGUAUUAUACGAAGAGAUUAUUGAUGAAUUAGUUAAUGUGAUCAAGGGGAAGAAUCAUACUCAAAUUAGCAACUAUGUUAAUGAAAUUAUAUUGCAAGGUUGGAGUAUUCAACAAUUAAUCAGUCAAUUGCAUGAUAAGUUAAUUUUGGACGAUUCCAUCGACUCAUUAACCAAGAAUCAAAUUGCAAUCAACUUAUUUGAAACAGACAAAAGGUUAAAUAACGGUAGUGACGAACAUAUUCAAUUGUUGAAUCUUUCAUUACAAAUCUCCAAAGUUAUGUAGAGAAUAAAACUAUAUAGAAAAAUAUACAAAGCAAGUAAUAUACAACUCUAACGAGGUUGAUUCUGUUGUUGUUGCUGUUGUUGUUGCUGUUGCUGCUGUGGUUGCUGCUGUUGUAAAUGUGGAGGUAAUGGCAUACCCAUGAAUUGAGGUGGCAUGAAUCUAUUUCCAAAUUGCGGUGGUGGCUGCAUUUGUCCACCAGGUGGGCCUUGUGGAGGUCCAUGUUGGAAAUUUGGAGGGGCAACGCCAGGUGGCGGAGGUGGGAACCCAUUAGGGAACAUACCUGGAGGAGGAGGAGGGUGACCAGGGUGACCAGGAGGAGGAUAAGGAUACAUUCCUGGAGGAGGAGGAGGACCACCUGGGGUUCCUGGCGUACCUGGAGUACCUGGGGUUCCUGGUCCUGGAGGAACAUUCAUUCCUGGUGGAAGUUUUCCUUGUCCUUGUGGAGGAGGUCCCAUUCUAUUUUGUCCAUAGGCUAGUUGUCUCAUCCAAGGUGGAAUUUGUUGUUGGCCUGGUUGUCCUUGCUGAGGCGAAGGUUGUUGUUUCAAUUGUUGUUGUUGUUGAGGAGAUGGUUGUGGCUGUUGUUGCUUUUGUUCAGGAGUUUCUUGUCCUGGCUCCUUCUUGUUUAAUAAGGACAUAAAAAAGUUAUCAUUGGUGUUGGGUGGCAUGCUUGGUGGGAAUGGGAAUGCUUGUGGGUGUUGUUGCUGUGGGCGCUGUUGAGGUGGUUGCUGAUGUUGUGGUUGAUUUUGUUGUUGUUGUUGUUGCGGUUGUUGUUGUUGUGGUUGUUGUUGUUGUUGUUGUUGCAGCGGAACUUGCUGCUGUUGAGGCUGUUGCUGUUGUGGCAGUUGUUGGGGUUGAGGACCGGGUGGACCUCUGAAAAACUUGGACAUGCCUGGUGGUGGGCCAGCUGGAGCUUGCUGAGGUUGUUGCUUUUCACUAGCUGGUUGUGGGAAAAAUGAUAAAAACCUUGAACUUUUAUUCUUCAGUUCUUCAUGAUUAUCAUGUUCUGGAGUGUGACUAGCUUCUUCUGGAUGACUUUCGUCAUCAUUUUCCUUUGUUUUGACAAACGAAAAGAAAUUAUCAACUUCAUUACCAGCAUGAGCAGCAGCAGCAUGGACAGUAUUUUCAGCUUCUAAACUUUCAUCAAUUAUUUCCCCAUUUCUUCUACGUUGUUCUAAUUUCAUCUUGGACUUCCAUCUUUCAAAAUCCUCCACUGUCUGUCCCAUGCCCAUCAAACCAAGACUAUCAUCAUUGCCGUUCUUCUUGGUAUCUUCCCAUUCAGGCUCGCCCAAAUCGUCAUUUGAUUCACCCAAUAACUGUGAGAUUUUUUCCAUAGACAUAGAAUCCAAUUCGUUACUUCUGGCAAAACCCAAGUUAUCCAGCUUCCCUCGUUCCCAAGUUUCAUUCUGAUGGGAUCUUCGAUUGUAACUGUUUUUCUUAUUAUGAUGUCUACCAGUGGUAGCGGAUGCUUGAUUAUAUGAUUCUCUAGGUUUGUUGCUUCUCCAGAACGACUUCUCGGGCAAUUUAUCCUUAAAAUCAGGGAUAUCGGGAGAAUUCUUCAACAGUAACAAGUAAUCAACGGUGUACACCCCUUCCAUACCCUGCUUCUUCUCAGGAAUAGUGCUAUAGAAUAUGGCUGACUCACUACUAACCUUAUCACUAGAACCACUAGAACUUGCACUAACUGCAGGAGCAUCACUAGUGACUAUAUCAGGAGUAGAUUCCUUGGCAGCAUGUGCCAUUGCUGAGUCCAAGAGUUUUGAUAAUGCAUUUCCUGGUUCUAAAUUAUGAAUUGACGAUGUAUGAAGUUGGGUGGUAGAUGUAGACGUAGAUACUGAUGUUGAAUUAGGUUGAUCUGAUAUUGAUACAAUUGAGGGAUCCACUAAUAGCGGAUUGGAAUCUGUUGUUGAUGACAUUGGAGAAAGAAUUGUAUACUUUGAUAUAUAGCAAAUAUAUUAGCUUCCCAGUCAAUUGGAUAGUUUAUCUAUUAUUUAAACAAGUGUGAUUCUUUAUU